AUGAAAUGUCUUUGCCUUGAUAUCUUGUGCUUUUUGCAUUUUUUUGUAAUGUGUAAUUUAACUCGUGUUCACUUCACAAUUUGAACAAUGUCUAGACAAAUCUGCCGUGUUCCAUCUUAAGCAUUUUUUCCCUUUUAAACUGGUGACUUGUGUGCUGGUUUUAUCAUUUGAAAUGAAAGUAACAGCGGGAUAUGCUUCCACUUAAUUGUCCUCCAGACCUAGUGCACCUGGUUGAAGCAACUGUUAGGUCAGAGCAUCAUCAUGCACCAAGACGGCCCAUCUAUCUUCUUGGAGAAUCUUUUGGGGGAUGCCUAGCACUUGCUGUUGCUGCUCGUAAUCCUCAUAUUGAUCUUGCACUAAUUUUGGCAAACCCAGCCACGCGUCUACGUGAAUCUCAGCUGCAAAAUCUGAUAAUGUUGUCAGAAGUCAUUCCUGAGCAACUCCAUCCAAGCAUGGUUAAAAUGCUAAGUGUGACGACAGGUGUUCCUGCAAGGGUGGCAGUGGCAAUUCCUGAUAAUGGGCGUCCUCUGCAACAAGCAGUAGCUGAGUUAUUUCGCGGUGAUGUAGCAUUCUCAUCCUACUUAACUGUGCUGGCUGAUGUUUUACCUGUAGAAACACUUAUCUGGCGGUUGAAGAUGCUCAAAUCAGCCGCAGCUUUUGUCAAUUCUCGCCUCCAUGCUGUCAAAGCUCAGACUCUGGUACUUUCUAGUGGAAAGGAUCACUUGAUACCCAGCCCGGACGAAGGUGAGAGGCUUCGUCACAUGCUUCCAAACUGUGAGAUCCGGAGAUUUAAUAAUAGUGGUCAUGCUCUUCUCCUGGAAGAUGGCUUUGAUUUGGUUACUGUCAUAAAGGGUGCCAAUUUUUAUCGACGUGGAAGGCACCUUGACUUUGUUAAAGAUUUUGUGCCACCAAGCACUUCUGAAUUUGACACUGUGUAUCAACCAUACAGAUGGAUGGAAGUUGCCUUCAACCCUGUAAUGAUAUCAACUUUCGAGAAUGGAAAUAUUGUGCGGGGUCUGACUGGAAUUCCUUCUGAAGGCCCGGUCUUACUCGUAGGUUAUCACAUGAUGCUUGGACUUGAACUAGUUCCUCUGGUGUCCCGUUUGUGGAAUGAGAAAAAGAUUGUCCUGCGAGGCAUAGCGCAUCCUAUGAUGUUUCAGAGACUAGGAGAGGGGAGAAUGCCUGUGUUAUCGAUGUAUGAUGAUUUCCGUUUUAUGGGUGCAGUUCCCGUGUCAGCAACUAACUUCUAUAAACUUUUAUCAUCAAAAUCCCAUGUUUUGCUGUAUCCCGGGGGCAUGCGGGAAGCUCUUCACCGGAAGGGGGAGGAGUACAAAUUAUUCUGGCCAGAACAGUCUGAAUUUGUCAGGAUGGCAGCUAGAUUUGGAGCGAAAAUUAUACCUUUUGGUACGGUGGGAGAAGAUGAUAUUGGCCAGAUGCUCCUUGAUUACAAUGACCUGAUGAAGAUUCCCUAUUUCAAGGCUGGGAUAGAGGAGUUAACUGAUGAGCUGGAGAAGCUAAGAAAUGACAUUGAAGGAGAGGUUGCAAACCAAGAUGUACAUCUUCCAAUCAUUCUUCCAAAACUUCCCGGUCGUUUUUACUUCUACUUCGGCAAGCCAAUUGAAACAGAAGGGAGGAAGGAGGAAUUAAAAAGCAGGGAAAAAGCACAUGAAUUAUACUUGGAAGUGAAGUCUGAGGUUGAGAGAUGCAUUCAUUUCCUGAAGGAGAAAAGAGAGAAUGAUCCAUAUAGGAACAUAAUGGCCCGAAUAGUGUACCAGGCUACCCAUGGUUUUGAAUCUGAGGUUCCCACCUUUGAUCUAUAGUUAUUCUUCACGUAUCUAAUUCUUUUCUUUUCCUUUCCUUUGAUAAAAUAUGGCACCUUUCGUCUUUGAAAGGAAAAACAAAAUUAAAAAAAAAGGUGCUACCUUCUUUUCUGUGUUUGUAUCAGAAGUAAGCAAUGAUUUGAUUUACAAGUUCUUUUUUUCUAGGGUAUUUUGGGUUAACAAGCUUAAAGAGAAGGAGCUCUAAAGCUCUUAGCAUUU